GAAAGACGUGGACAAACUUGCAGUAACCGGCGUUACGGUCCAACAAGCGACCGUGUUAAGUGAUAACCCGAAUCUGGGGUCACACAUUUAUCUGCCUCCUCUCUGCUCUUGGAGUGACAGUUAAGAGUGGUUCUUUUGCUCCUGGUCGCAGGUUUUCGUUUUAACCAUAUAUUUGUAUGCAGCUAAGUAAUCAGCUGUUGGCAAUAAGAAGAGAUCUCUGUCGUAACUACAGCAACAACACCAAAGGGUUCGGCUGAAAUUCUCCAGCUAACACGGUCGCCUGUUGAACCGUAACACCAGAGACGUCGAGAUCCAGAAAUGGCAGCACACGAGGACUUCUUCGUGGGCAUUCCCAAGAUCCCUUACUCACCCACUGCUGGGCCUGGAGAUGUCAUGUGCUUCAAACACUACAAUGCGGAGGAGGUUCUGAUGGGGAGGAAGAUGGAAGACUGGCUGAGGUUCUCAGUGUGCUACUGGCACUCCUUCUGUGGCACUGGAGCUGAUCCUUUUGGGGCUCCGACCCUGCACCGGCCCUGGAAUGAAGGCGCUCCUAUGGACUCAGCCAAGAAGCGACUUCGGGCUGCUUUUGAGUUUUUCACCAAGCUUGGUGUGAAAUACUACACAUUUCAUGACCGGGAUAUGGCUCCUGAGGGCUCCACCCUGGAGGAGUCCAACAGGAAUCUGGAUGAAAUAACAGACCUGGCCCUCCAGCUGCAGAGCCAGACUGGAAUCCAGGUGUUGUGGGUCACCUGCAACCUCUUUGCCCACCAGAGGUACAUGAAUGGGGCGGCCACCAACCCGGACUGUCACGUUCUGGCCUACGCUGGCGCUCAGCUCAAGAAGGGGCUCGACACUGCCAAGAAGCUGGGGGCAGAGAAUUUCGUGUUUUGGGGAGGAAGGGAAGGUUUCCUCUCCGUCCACAACACGGACGUUGCUGUGGAACUGAAACACAUGGCCAACUUCUUCAAAAUGGCCGUCAAGUACAAAGACAAGAUUGGGUUGAAGUGUCAGUUUCUAAUCGAACCCAAGCCUAAGGAGCCCUCCAAACACCAGUAUGACUACGAUGCCAUGAGCGUCAUCGCAUUCCUUAAGCACUACGGUCUGGAGAGUCACUUCAAGUUGAACAUUGAGCCCAACCACACCACCCUGGCAGGACACUCUUACGAACAUGAUGUUGUCAUGGCGUCCGCGUUCGGGAUGCUGGGAUCAGUUGACUCAAACACAGGCUCCCCUGACCUGGGCUGGGAUACAGACCAGUUCCCCAUGGACAUCAGGAACACCACCUUGGUCAUGAAGGCCAUCGUUGAACAAGGAGGUCUGCAGCCCGGAGGCCUGAACUUCGAUGCGAAGGUGCGCCGGGAGUCCACGGACCUGGAGGACCUGUUCAUCGCUCACAUCGGAGCCAUGGACACCUUCGCCAGAGGACUCAGAAAUGCUGUCCGCAUCAUUGAGGACGGGCUCAUCGCUGGCAUGGUGAAGGAGCGAUACUCAAGUUUCAGUCACGGCCUUGGACAGAGAGUGGAUGAAGGUUCUGCCUCCCUGGAGGAAAUGGAGGCUUUUAUCAAGCAGAACGGGGAGCCGAAUGUAACAUCUGGCAAGCAAGAAAAAUAUGAAUCCAUCUUCAACCACUACAUAUAAUAAACGCAUCACUCUUCUGUCUCUGUAUGACAUCAUCAGAGCAGAAAGUUACAAAGGUAUUAACUUAGCUGAACUUAAGUAUUGCAUUCAUUGCAGUUGUUUUACUAAUUAAGAACAUUUGUAUACUUAACACUGAAGGUAGAGAGCUGAAAUGUGAAAUUAUUCCUGACAGAAUUAUUCAAUAUAACUUUUUGAUUCUGUGUAUCAGUAUGUAUUUGUAUUAGCCUAGGAGUACUAAUAUUCACUGUAGUAAAACACAUUUUCACAUAGCAGUCUAUGAAAUACUCAAAUAACAAGAAAAAAAAAUUCUCAUUAAAAUUGAAUAGAAAAAAGUGAUAAAUAUCCAGAAAU